AUGAGUUCAGAUUCUCCAGUUUUCAGUUCAGAUUCUCCAGUAUUGAGUUCAGAUUCUCUAGUAUUGAGUCCCGAUUCUCCAAUAUUCAGUUCAGAUUCUCCAGUAAUGAGUUCAGAUUCUCCAGUUUCAGUUCAGAUUCUCCAAUUCUCCAGUAUUAAGUUUAGAUUCUCUGGUAUUGAGUUCAGAUUCUCCAGUAUUGAGUUCGGAUUCUCCUGUAUUCAUGAGUUCGGAUUCUCCAAGCUGAGUUCAGUUUCUCCAGUAUUGAGUUCUGAUUCUCCAGUAUUGAGUUCAGAUUCUCCAGUAUUGAGUUCAGAUUCUCCAGUAUUGAGUUCAAAUUCUCCAGUAAUGAGUUCAGAUUCUCCAGUUUUCAGUUCAAAUUCACCAGUAUUGAGUUCAAAUUCUCCAGUAUUGAGUUCAGAUUCUCCAGUAUUCAGUCCAGAUUCUCCAGUAUUGAGUUCAGAUUCUCCAGUAUUGAGUUCAGAUUCUCCAGUAUUGAGUUCAGAUUCUCCAGUAUUGAGUUCAGAUUCUCCAAUAUUCAGUUCAGAUUCUCCAGCAUUGAGUUCAGAUUCUCCAGUAUUGAGUUCAGAUUCUCCAAUAUGCAGUCCAGAUUCUCCAGUUUUCAGUUCAGAUUCUCCAGUAUUGACUUCAGAUUCUCCUGUAUUGAGUUCAGAUUCUCCAGUAUUUAGUUCAGAUUCUCCAGUAUUGAGUUCAGAUUAUCCAGUAUUGAGUUCAGAUUCUCCAGUAUUGAGUUCAGGUUCUCCAGUAUUGAGUUCAGAUUCUCCAGUUCUGAGUUCAGAUUCUCCAGUAUUCAGUUCAGAUUCUCCAAUAUUGAGUUCAGAUUCUCCAGUAAUGAGUUCAGAUUCUCCAGUAUUAAGUUCAGAUUCUCCAGUAUUUAGUUCAGAUUCUCCAGUAUUGAGUUAA